UGUAAUUUAUGCGUUCCGACACACGGAUCCGUUCAGGCUUCAUAUGAGCUGCAGCACCGUGGCUCAGGGGCAAAUACAGGAGGAACCGGAGAUGGUGGAGGAACCGGAGAUGCUGGAUAAAGAUGGAAAUGUUUAGAUCGUUUUGUCUGUGUGUGUAGUGGAGGUGUGUGUGCCUAUAUGUGUGUGUAUGUAUGUGUGUGUGUGUGUGCAGGGGUCGUUGGUGCUUGUGAAGGUACUUGGUUGUAGUUACUUUGCCCCCACUUGGCUCAGUGCAGAAACCCAAUAGGAGGCACUGCGAGCGGCUAAAAAUACCCCUGUGUACUGUGGUGUGUGCGACAUUCCCCUUCUGCCUCCACCAAACCCUGAGCUCUGGGAAUGAAACCCUGAUCACCACCAUCUUUCUGAUCUUUGCCCCAGUCCGGCAGCAUGUCCUUGUCAUUCUGUGGUAACGAUCUCAAUGACUCCUACAGCGUCACCAAGGGAGUCCUGAACAACGGCUGCUUCGUGGAUGCGCUCAACCUCGUUCCCCACGUCUUCUUGCUCUUCAUCACCUUCCCCAUCCUCUUCAUUGGUUGGGGCAGUCAGAGUUCGAAGGUACAAAUCCACCACAACACCUGGCUGCACUUCCCUGGCCACAAUCUACGAUGGAUUCUGACCUUCACCUUGCUUUUUGUGCACGUGUGCGAGAUCGCCGAGGGAAUCGUGUCCAACACGGAAAUGAAGUCAAAUCACCUGCACCUUUUUCUACCUGCAUUAAUGGGCUUCAUAGCAGCUACUACAUCAGUGGUUUAUUACCACAAUAUAGAAACCGCCAACUUCCCCAAACUGCUCCUCGCACUGUUCAUCUACUGGGUGCUGGCAUUCAAUACCAAAAUCAUCAAGCUGUGGAAGUUUGCGGAGGAAGGAGUGGGCAUACAGCAUCUCCGCUUCUGUAUCACAACUCUGCUGGUGGUGCUGUACGGCCUGCUCAUGGCUGUGGAGAUCAACGUGAUACGGGUCAGGAAGUAUGUGUUCUUCACCAACCCUCAGCGAGUUAAACCACCGGAGGACCUGCAGGAUCUGGGUGUACGAUUCCUCCAGCCUUUUGUGAACCUGCUCUCGAAGGCCACAUACUGGUGGAUGAACCCACUGAUAAUGGGUGCUCACAAGAGGCCCAUCGAGCUGAAGAAGAUCGGCAAGCUGCCCAUCGCCAUGAGGGCUCUGACCAACUACCUGCAUCUGAGGGAUGCUUAUGAGGAACAGAGAGAGAAUGCUGAGGAGAUGGAAAAGACACCAUCCAUCUGGAGGUCCAUGUACCAUGCAUUUGGUCGGCCCAUCCUCCUCAGCAGCAGCUUUCGCUAUAUGGCGGAUCUCCUGGGCUUUGCUGGACCUCUCUGCAUCUCUGGAAUUGUAGAGAACUUGAACCAGGAAAACAAGACCGAAGUUUUCAACAUGACCGAGACAGAGGAUCUACCGUUUGGCGUGUACUUCAUGUCCUCUACGGAGCUGUUCAAAAAGGCGUAUGUCCUGGCAGUUCUUCUCUUCCUGGCUCUGGUACUCCAGCGUACCUUUUUACAAGCCUCCUACUACGUCACUAUAGAAACAGGCAUCAACCUACGAGGAGCAUUGCUGGCGAUGAUCUACAACAAGAUUUUGCGCCUCUCCACCUCCAACAUGUCUAUGGGAGAGAUGACCCUGGGACAGAUCAACAACCUGGUGGCCAUAGAAACCAACCAGCUGAUGUGGUUCCUGUUUCUGUGUCCCAACCUGUGGGCAAUGCCUGUGCAGAUCAUCAUGGGCGUGAUCCUGCUAUAUUACUUGUUGGGGUCCAGCGCGCUCCUUGGUGCCCUGGUCAUCGUGCUGCUGACCCCCAUUCAGUACCUCAUUGCCACUAAGCUGGCCGACACACAGAAAAACAUGCUGGAUUACUCAACCGACCGUCUGAAAAAAACAACAGAGAUCCUGAAAGGCAUUAAGCUUCUGAAACUGUAUGCCUGGGAGAACAUUUUCUGCGACAGUGUGCUAGAAACCAGGAACAAGGAACUCAUGAGCCUCAGGAUGUUUGCAUUCUACACGUCUAUGUCCAUCUUUAUGAAUGCAGCCAUCCCCAUUGCUGCUGUGUUAGUGACCUUUGUUACUCAUGCAUACAUCAGUGAUCCUGAGAACAAGCUGAGUCCAGCCAAGGCCUUCGCCUCUCUGGCUCUCUUCAACAUCCUGGUCACGCCGCUCUUCCUUCUCUCCACCGUGGUGCGAUUCGCAGUGAAAGCCCUGAUCAGUGUUCAGAAGCUUGGCGAGUUCCUGCAGAGUGAAGAGAUCGGGGAUGACAGCUGGAGAAAUGGAGACAUCGCAAUGGCUUACGAGCCCAACAAGAAAUCCACUGGGGGUACGAAGGUGAUAAAUAGGAAGCAGCCGAUACGUUAUCAGAUGGAUAACUACGAUCAGCCCGUGCGCAGGCAGCUGCGCCCCACCGAGACCGAGGACGUCGCCGUGAAGGUGAAUAAUGGAUACUUCACAUGGGGGAGCAACCUGUCAACCCUGUCAGACAUCAACAUCUGCAUUCCUUCAGGUCAGCUAACCAUGAUUGUUGGCCAGGUGGGUUGUGGGAAAUCCUCGCUGCUGUUAUCAAUGCUAGGCGAGAUGCAGACUCUCAGUGGGAAAGUCUACUGGAGCAAUCUUCCUGAUUGUGAGAUACUCCAUGAUGGCUGCAUAAGCGAGUAUGAGACAGAUUUUUCCCACGCAGGACGGAGUAAGAACAGGUACUCUGUGGCAUAUGCAGCUCAGAAGUCUUGGCUGCUGAAUGCUACCGUCGAGGAGAACAUCACGUUUGGUAGUUCCUUCAACAAGCAGAGAUACAAGGCUGUGAUUGACGCGUGCUCGCUGCAGCCAGAUAUUGAUCUCCUUCCGUUCGGGGACCAGACUGAAAUUGGAGAAAGGGGGAUAAAUCUCAGCGGAGGUCAGAGACAGCGGAUCUGUGUGGCCAGAGCUUUGUAUCAAAACACCAACAUUGUUUUUCUGGAUGACCCAUUUUCUGCUCUGGACAUCCAUCUAAGUGACCAUCUCAUGCAGGAGGGCAUUCUGAAGUUCUUGCAGGAUGAUAAGCGCACUACAGUCCUGGUCACACACAAGCUGCAGUACCUCAUCCAUGCAGACUGGAUCAUAGCAAUGAAGGAUGGCUCUGUGUUGAGAGAAGGUACACUGAAGGAUAUCCAGACACAUGAUGUGGAGCUCUAUGAGCACUGGAAGACCCUCAUGAACAGGCAGGACCAGGAACUGGAAAAGGACACUGAUAUUGAGAGUCAGACGACUCUCGAGAGGAAAACGCUGAGAAGAGCUUUCUAUUCCAGAGAAGCCAAGAAUCAAAUGGAUGAUGAAGAUGAAGAAGAGCAAGAGGAGGAAGAUGAGGAUGACAACAUGUCCACUACCACCAGCCGCCGGUCAAAAAUCCCAUGGAGGGUUUGCUGGUGUUAUUUAUCCUCUGGUGGCUUUCUCUUGGUGUUUAUGAUGGUCACCUCCCAGCUGGCUAAGCACUCCGUCAUGGUGGCAAUUGAUUACUGGCUGGCAGCUUGGACCUCCUCAAGCCAAAACAAUAUCAGUGACUUCAGCAUCAACCUGGAUGGCAACGCCACCAACUACACACAAGGGUACAGCGGCAUGCAAAGUCCUGAGCCACAAACCUACGUGCCAGUCUUUAUUAUACUCUGCGGAGCAGGAAUCCUUCUCUGUCUCAUCACUUCUCUGACUGUUGAGUUUCUGGGUCUUGCUGCUGCCAGUAAUCUUCACCAUGACCUACUCAAUAAGAUCAUCCAUGCACCUAUAAGAUUCUUUGACGUUACUCCACUCGGGCAAAUUCUCAACCGCUUCUCUGCCGACACCAACAUCAUUGAUCAGCACAUUCCACCUACACUGGAGUCUCUCACUCGAUCCACUCUUCUCUGUCUUUCUGCUAUUGGCAUCAUUGCUUCCGUGACACCGGGUUUCCUUUUAGCCCUGGUGCCCCUCGCAGUGGCCUUCUACUUUAUCCAGAAGUACUUCCGUGUCGCAUCCAAAGAUCUGCAGGACCUGGAUGACUCCACUCAGCUUCCUUUACUCUGCCAUUUCUCUGAGACUGCAGAAGGUCUCACCACCAUACGAGCAUUCAGACAUGAAGCACGCUUCAGGCAGAGAAUGCUAGAGCUGACUGACACCAACAACAUAGCUUACCUCUUCCUCUCUGCUGCCAACCGGUGGCUGGAAGUCAGAACAGAUUAUUUGGGUGCAGUUAUAGUCCUAACUGCUGCAGUAGCUUCCAUCUAUAUGUCUUCUUCUGGAACUCAGGCUGGUCUGGUUGGACUUGGUCUCACAUAUGCUCUCACAGUGACUAAUUAUUUGAACUGGGUCGUGAGGAACCUGGCUGAUCUGGAGGUUCAGAUGGCAGCAGUGAAGAAGGUUAAUAGCUUCCUGAGCAUAGAAUCGGAGAACUACGAGGGCUCCAUAGAUGUCUCCCAGGUGGCAGAAGACUGGCCUCAGCAUGGAGAAAUUAAGAUCCAGGAUUUGUGUGUGAGAUACGACCUCAUGCUGAAACCUGUUCUUAAACAUGUUAAUGCUUUCAUCAACCCUGGGCAGAAGGUGGGCAUUUGUGGGAGAACAGGCAGUGGAAAGUCUUCACUGUCUCUGGCCUUUUUCAAUAUGGUGGAUGUUUUUGAAGGAAAGAUCAUUAUUGAUGGCAUUGAUAUCUGCAAGCUGCCUCUGCAGACUCUGAGAUCCCGGUUGUCCAUCAUUCUUCAGGAUCCAGUGCUGUUCAGUGGCUCCAUCCGUUUUAACCUGGACCCAGAAUGCACUUGCACCGAUGACAGGCUUUGGGAGGCUCUAGAAAUCGCACAGCUGAAGAACAUGGUCAAAGCACUCCCAGGAGGACUGGAUGCGAUAGUAACAGAAGGAGGAGAGAACUUCAGCGUGGGUCAGCGGCAGCUCUUCUGCCUCGCCCGAGCUUUUGUUCGUAAGAGCAGCAUCCUUAUCAUGGACGAGGCAACUGCGUCCAUCGACAUGGCAACGGAGAACAUUUUACAGAAGGUUGUGAUGACAGCGUUUGCCGACCGCACCGUCGUCACCGUAGCACACCGGGUUCACACUAUCCUGACGGCUGAUCUCGUGAUCGUGAUGAAGAGAGGGAACAUACUUGAGUACGGGAAACCAGAGACGCUGAUGGAGCAGGAGGACGGCAUGUUUGCCUCCUUCGUCAAAGCAGACAUGUAGAUGCACUAUCCGUCAAAACGCACCUCCACACACACUUACACACACUCACACACCCACUGCUGACGUACCAAGAAGGAACGAGUUUUUUCUUAUUUUAUAAACAGGCAGAUUGAUUUCUUAUAUAACUGCAGUAUUUGAUUCUUUUUGGUUCAUUUUUCUUCCGUUUUACAUUAAGUUAAUGAUGUAUGUGUGUUAAUAAAAGUAACAGCAGCUAUAUAUAUAUAUAUAUAUAUAUAUAUAUAUAUAUAUAUAUAUAUAUAUAUAUAUAUAUAUAUAUAUAUAUAUAUAUAGUGUAUAAUGUAUGAACUGGUACUAACACUGUACACAGUCGUCGGCACUCCUGAGAGCCGACACAACCUGUCUGUCUAAUGUGCAUUGCUGAGUUUGAUGAAAGAUGACUUGUAACACAACAGAGGCACUAAUUACUAUGCAAAAUAUAUUUUUUGUAUCUGAACAUUAUACAAGUUGUGAUAAGAUUUUAUUUGCAGUAUGUUAGUGAGCUUCUUCUUUUUUUUUGCCUGAUUGCUGAAACCAAAUUCCAACCCUAAUUGUAGAUUUGUAUUUCUGUUCAUUUUUUUUCCAUACAAACUCUCCAGCUUUGUAUUUUCUUCCUGUUGGAUGGGGAGUGUAAAUGCUCAUCUCUGACUUGUACUUAACAAAUACAGUGCUGGCUCUGA